CGUCGCGCUUGAGAAGCGUCUCCGUCUUCCACGAGCGUGUUGGUGCAGGUGUCCGGGGGGAGGAUAAGGAAGAGGAUGAUGAUGAUGAUGAUGAGGAUGAUGAUGAUGAGGAUGCCAUAAGAAAGGCGGGCAGGGGCAAGAAUGAAGGGAGACGCCGGAAAGACAGAGAGAGAAAGAGAAAGAGAGAAAGAAAGAGAGAAAGAGAGAGAGAAAACAGGGAUUAUGUUAUGAAUAACGGGAGAACAGUGCGGGUGCGCGAAAAUCGACUAUGUGCAAAAUAUUGAAAGGGCCACGCUGAGCUGUUAUUUGUGGUCGGCGACAGUACUAUGAUUUGGUAUGUGGCCACUUUGAUAGCAAGCGUUUUCAGCACCAGGGGAACGACAGCUCAAGGUGUCCACGGUAUAAGAGAGGAGCCCCAGUUUGUGACGGCCCGUGCAGGAGAGAGUGUAGUUUUGGGAUGUGAUGUGAGCCACCCCCUUAACGGCCAGCAGACCCCCUAUGUGGUGGAGUGGUUCAAGUUUGGUGUGCCUAUUCCUUUUUUCAUCAACUUCCGCUUCUAUCCUCCUCAUGUGGAUCCUGAGUAUGCUGGUAGGACGAGCCUACAUGGCAAGGCGUCUCUGCAGAUCGAUCAGGUGCGCUCGGAGGACCAGGGCUGGUACGAGUGCAAGGUUCUCAUGCUGGAACAGCAGUACGACACCUUCCACAAUGGCAGCUGGGUCCAUCUCACAGUCAACGCGCCCCCUACAUUCAUGGAUGUGCCACCGCAGUAUGUGGAGGCCAGAGAGGGAGGCAGCAUCAUUUUGACCUGUACUGCUUUCGGCAACCCCAAGCCCGUGGUCACCUGGUUGCGAGAGGGCGAGCAGCUGGCCACCAACAAAAAGUACACGGUGAGUGAUGGAAGUUUGACCGUGCAGGCCAUCGCACGGGAGGACAGAGGAGCGUACAGCUGCCGUGCUCACAGUGACCAGGGAGAAGCACUACACACCACACGCCUGCUCGUGCAAGGUCCUCCAUAUAUAGUGGCGCCCCCUGAAAACAUCACCGUGAACAUUUCUCAGAAUGCGCUCUUCACGUGUCAAGCAGAGGCCUAUCCCGGCAACCUGACCUACACCUGGUUUUGGGAGGAGGACAAUGUCUACUUCAAGAACGAUCUCAAGCUCAGAGUGCGCAUCCUGAUCGACGGCACACUCAUCAUCUACCGUGUGAAGCCAGAGGAUGCUGGAAAAUACACCUGUAGCCCCAGUAACAGCCUGGGCAUCUCACCCUCUUCCUCGGCUUAUUUGACAGUGCAGUAUCCUGCCCGUGUUCUCAACAUGCCACCAGUCAUCUACGUCCCGAGGAAGUUGCCAGGAAUUAUACGCUGCCCAGUCGAUGCCAACCCGCCUGUAUUGUCUGUCAGAUGGGAAAAAGAUGGAUAUCCUUUAAGAGUUGAGAAGUAUCCUGGCUGGAGCCAAAUGCCAGAUGGAAGCAUUCGGGUGGCAGAGGUCACUGAAGACUCCCUUGGCACCUACACCUGUGUGCCUUACAAUGCUCUAGGUACCAUGGGACAAUCCCCUCCGGCCACUCUGGUGCUAAAGGACCCCCCUUACUUUAACGUGAGGCCUGGUGGGGAAUACCGUCAGGAGGCCGGCAGAGAGCUCGUCAUCCCUUGUGCUGCUUCUGGAGACCCUGAGAUUCCAACCAUCACCUGGAGAAAGGUAGGAAAGCCAAGCAGAAGCAAGCACAACAUCUUACCCAGUGGCAGCUUACAGUUUGUGUCUCUGAGCAAAGAGGAUCACGGGGAGUGGGAAUGCGUCGCCACCAACGUCGUCACAAGCAUCACUGCCAGCACAAGACUCUUUGUUAUAGGCACUAGUCCCCACGCGCCAGCUAAUGUCCGUGUUUCAGUAUCCACAACCUCAGCUAAUGUCUCCUGGGAACCCGGAUAUGAUGGUGGUUAUGAGCAGACCUUUUCGGUCUGGUAUGGCCCUGUGAAGAAGAAGACAGAUCUGGGUCCUCAUGAUUGGCUGUCCAUUCCUGUGCCCAGCACUCAGACCUGGUUGGUGGUGCAAGGUUUAGAGCCAAAGACGGCAUAUCAGUUCAGUGUGCUGGCCCAGAACAAGCUGGGCACGGGCCCGUUCAGUGAGGUAGUCACUGUGAAUACAGUAGUGUACCCUAUAAGUACUCCGGAACCACUGGUGCUUCUUACCCCACCGCGGUGCCUCACAGCUAACCGGACACAGCAGGGUGUACUGUUGACAUGGCUUCCUCCAGCCAAUCACACUUCGCCCAUAGAUCGUUACAUUGUCGAGUUUCGAUUGGGAGAGAGGUGGGAGGUGCUCGACGACCUAAUUCCAGCAGAUGAGACUGAGAUCUUAGCUAGAGACCUCAUUCCGGACUCGUGGUAUGAAUUCCGUGCCCUGGCAGUCAUGGAUGAUCUCAUUAGUGAAAGCAGUAAUGUAGUGGGAGUGUCAAGCACAGAUCCCUUCCCUCCCACAGAGAUCUCUGACGAGGGACUGGCAAGGCCAGUGGUGGCUGGUAUUGUGGCUACAAUUUGCUUCCUUGCUGCUGCUAUACUUUUUAGCACCCUAGCCGCGUGCUUUGUCAACAAGCAGCAUCGCCGCAAGCUCAAGCGCAAGCGAGAUCCUCCAUUGUCAAUAACUCACACCAGGAAAAGUAUUGAGUCUCCGCCUCCUCUUACCCCUUUGCCUGGCAUUGAGCCCUACUGGGAAGAGCCAGACAGGAGCAGCUACAGGCCCCCAUCCACCAGUCCUCAGCUGUCCUCUGGAAAAAUCAGUCCAGAGAGCAUUGCUUCCUCCCGCCCGCCAUCUAUGGCCAGUGUAGGCACAACUGGCCUCUAUGUCAAGAAGCUGCCAAGCCCGAGGAAGGAGAAGGAGCUCUCGCUGUACAAGCGAACGAAGCGAGCAAUAACUGGCAAGAAGUAUAGUGUGUCAAAACAUGAGGCCGAAGUCACCACUCCCAUUGAGCUGAUAAGCCGUGGCCCAGAUGGCCGCUUUGUUAUGGAGUCAUCAGACACAGACACAUCACUGAAGCCAUGUCGCAUUGAGGGUUUCCCUUUUGUGGAGGAGUCAGACCUGUACCCUGAGUUCAGGCAGUCAGAUGAGGAGAAUGAUGAACCUGGACCACUCCCCCCAGUUAUGGCCACGCUCAGGCCUCAAAUUUCGCCUGUGUCCUCAAGCCAGGAGUCCUACAUGGUGCAGCCCCCAGCCUACAGCCCUCGUUUCCACAGGCCUAUGGAAGGUACGAGCAUCUUGGAGGGUAGUGGGCUUCAGGCCACAGGGCAGAGCCGAGUGUCCCACUUUCACAGAGUCUUUCCUCCGGGCCCUUUCUAUGGCUAUUUAGGUAGUGGCGCCGAGCUGGAGCUGCAUCCUCCAUUCUACGCAGCCGAUGUGAGCCCACGCAGUUCAGCCAUGUCCUCCUCUUCACCACCGUGCCCCACCGAGGGGUCCUUCCACCAUCCUAACAUUGCUUCUGGCCACACCCUUCCGUUGGCACAUGGCCCGCACUCCUCUCGCUCUACUGACACUUGGCGCCCUCCUGACUUCCCCUUUCUAGGUCAGGAGGGUGCCUGUGUCAUUUUGCCACCGCACCCUCCUCCCCCCCAUCUCCGCCGUGAUGUGCCCGAGCCACCACCGUACCCGUCGCGUAGUCACGCCCCCUCCAGCUCGGCGUUCCUGAGGCUGGAAGCGCUCCCUUCUCAGGGCCUAGCGGGCACACAUGCAGCUAUGCAACAGGCCCAGAUCGUGGGGCAGUUGAGACACACUGCACACGGGAUGGGUGUACCAGUGUUGCCUUACCCAGGCCGAGCAGGGAGCCCCAGCACUCUACGCAGUGAGAGCUCGGACGAGCCGUGGUUGAGCCCGAGGGCGGCACGCCGCCUGGAACUGGGCCUGCAGCAGGUGGUGCUGCAACCAUCACGCCUCUCACCCCUCACUCAGACACCUCCUAGCUCCCGUGCUGGCUCGCCCGACAUCCUCGUGCGCCCGCCACCACGGCCGGGCGUCCUUCGCUCCUCACGUUCACAGGAGAUACCCGAGAGCAUGCGUCACAUCACCUUCUCCCGGAGGUCCCUAUCCUCUUCCCCUGCCACCUCUCCCACCCUGGGUUCAGGCUCCAUUCGCCUGCCUGGCCUGGGCUAUGGUGCCCAUGUGGCCUUUGCCACUGCAGCAGCCAGCUACCCAUCACAAUCCCCCUCACCCCCAGCGGAGAGCAGCGAUGCAUUUGGUCAGCUGCCAUCUCAAAGGAGGACAGAUGAAGAGAUGCUGCCCUCAGAGCCCUCACCAGGGGAGCCUGUAGGUGCAGAGAGAGUGCCUGCAGGGUCUGAGAGCUUCGAAACACUGUUUUAUCAUUGUAUGAAAAAAAACAAGAAAAUGGCUGCCAACAACAACAACAACUCCAAGAGCAGAACAGAUGUAUCUUCCUCUCAGACCCAGCAGCAAGUCGCAUCUCAGGCACCAGAGCAACAACAAAAGAUCCUCUUUCCCACAAGGAAGAGGAGGGAAAAAGUACCCCGGAAAUCCCCUUACCCUUUCUUAUCUUCCAUUCUUCGCUGGUAUUGCCCCAGAGAAGACAAGAAAGCCCUGUUGGCCAGUGUGAACUCCCAAACUCCCCCAAACUAUGGCGCUCUGCCUUGAGAAAUCGGAGAGUCACGUACUGAUCCAUUAAUAAUAACAGUAGAUAUGCAGUCAGUAUUGAAUUUUAUUGACCUAAAGAUUUAUUCACCUUCUGCUUUGGCACAAUAUUAUCCAUACAAAUGUCUUCUGUAAUUUAAGGUGCCCAAAUAGAAGAAAAAGUGACAGGACAAAAUUUUUUUAUAUGAUUGAAUCAAAUAUCCCAUGAUUUAUAUUAAAAAACCUUGCAUACAAAUUUUUUUUCUAUAGACAACACUCAAGUAUGGAUUAUUUUGUAUAGUGUAAAAGUCCCUCAGAACAAUAAAUUAACACAGGGUUUAUCCUUUUUCUCUUACAGAAUAUACCUCAGAAAACAAAAAUAAUUUUGGCACAUAUUUACAGCACUUAUACCAUCUUUUGUGCAAGCUAGCAUUAUUUUAUAAUGAGUUCAAAGGCCUCCAUAGCAAAAUACCAGUAAUACGUAUUAUUAUUUGUUCUACUAAGAAGGCUUUGAUCCAGAGUGUGCAAAAUUGCAUUUUAUUAUUAUUAUUAUAUGUUUUUGGAAGAUUUAUUCAUCAGUUAAAUUAAAAUCAUCUGAUGCAAAUCACCGACGAUCAGAAAACAUAUUUUUAAUUUAGAACAAAGUCUUUGGAUCAUAAUGCAAUACUGAUCUGCUGCUAUAUCUGGAUCUGUCCACCUAAACCUUUCUGAGGGGUCUCUUAUGUGCAUCGAUGUGUACUAAAUUUAGCCGCUUUAGCCCAGUUUUUCUUCGAACGCAAUGUAAACUCAUUUUUAUUUGUUGUCUAUUCUCAAAACACAGACAAUUAUUCCUAUUUUUAAUAUACUUAAUAGUCAGUGUGGGGACUGGACAUAGCAUACAAAACAUACUUUUGUACUUUUGAGGUAAAAAAAAAAUGUAUAGUUACAGUGAACAAAAAAAACUUUGGCAUGUUAAAAGUGACAUUAACACUAGACUGCUAGUAUUUCUUUCUCUUAAGAUAUUUAAAAGACUGCCUUUUUCAGAGGAUUUUUGAGUGACUUCAUGUUCACACCUCAGAUUCUCUUUUUUACAUGAGAGAUGCUUGGGGAAAUACAUUCAGUUUAGAGAAAAAAAAAGACCUGCUUAAAAAUA